AUGGCAGUCCAACCUAAUCCAAUGACGGCGUGGCCUUCGAUCGGAGAACGAACCACACCGGGAAAUUACACUACGGCAGAUCCAACAGCAAAUCAAGCUACUGGAAAUCCAAAUCCGAUCCCUUCGUCUUCCACAACUAAUGCCAGAGAGGUAACAUUUGAUCCUCAGGCUCACUCAAAUCCUUACUUCUUGCACAUGAAUGAAAAUCCGGCACUGGAAUUAGUCUCAUUCCAGUUAGAUGGCUCAAACUACCACCCUUGGGCUAGAGCCAUGACUAUGGCCUUAUCCUGUAAAAACAAGGUGGCCUUCAUCAAUGGAACCAUUACAAAACCUAGCAUGGAUAAUGUAGAAAAGUACCUUGCCUGGGAAAGAUGUAACAAUAUUGUUGGAUCCUGGAUUGUGCGAACCCUAGCUCCAACAAUUGCACACAGCGUAUUGUGGAUUGAUACAGCUUGUGGCAUCUGGAAUGACCUCAAGAGGAGGUUUAGUAAGCAGUAUCUCUUUCGCAUUGCAGAGAUCAAUUGUGAAAUUUACCAAACUAAGCAGAGAGACAGUUCACUAAAUGAGUAUUUCACUAGGCAAAAGUUGUUGUGGGAUGAAUUGAGUAUUCUUAGGCCCUUGAUGAGUUGUGCCUGCAAUGUUAAAUGUGAAUGUGGCAAAAAGAUUGAUGAAUUGAAUGAAUACUCUGGAAAAGAUAAGCUAUCCAUCUUCUUGAUUGGAUUGCAUGAGAAAUACACAGGAGCUAGGAACCAAAUUAUGCUUAUGAGGCCUUUGCCAGAUGUUAAUGAAGCCUAUUCAAUGAUUGCUCAACAAGAAAGACAGUUUCAAAUGGCUGAUAUUGGCUUUGGAAGCCAACUACACCAAACUGGGGAAAGUAACACCACAGGCAGUGUGUUUAUGGCUAGAACAGAUGGAAACUCUCAGGCAGGGUUCAAGAAGUUUUCAACAACGAAUAAAAGACCUGUGUGCACACAUUGUGGUUACACAGGGCAUACAGAAGACAAAUGCUAUAAGAAGCAUGGGUAUCCCCCAGGCUGGAGACCUAAAUCCAAGAAUCAAGGCUAUGCAAGUGCAAAUCAGACACAAGGAUCAUCAACACACCAGCAGACUAACAGUAGUGGGGUGUCAUUCACUCAUGAUGAUUUUGCAAGGUUUCUUGAGUUCAUGCAGUCCAAGAAACCAACUAGUGAGAGCUUGAAUUCACCUUUUGAUCAACCCCCAAAGGCUCUAGUCAACACUUUAUCCACUGGUUUCCAGAAUGAAGGUAUGCCUCCCUCACUCAACUCUGUUAAAAUCAACAAGAAUGACUGGAUUGUGGAUAGUGGUGCUACCCACCACAUUAUUUGUGAUUUGGAAAUGUUAAGAGAUCAAAAGGAAGUCCAUAAUUUACAUGUUGAUUUGCCAAAUGGCCAACAAGCUGCUAUCAGCUUUACUGGAUUAGUUCAUCUGUCUGCUGAGCUUGUUUUGCAUAAUGUGCUUUAUGUUGCUGGUUUCCAUUAUAAUCUGAUUUCAGUAGGAGCUCUUGCUAAGAACACCAAAUGUGUCAUAGAAAUGCAGUCUGAUAAGUGUGUUAUACAGGAUGCUAUCCAAGGAAGAAGGGCAUUGUGCACCAAACAUCAUGCACUUACUCCUCAACAAAACAGUAGAGUUGAGAGAAAGCAUGGCCAUUUAUUGUCAACUGCCAGGGCUCUUAGGUUUCAGGCCAGUCUUCCAGAGAAGUUUUGGGGGGAAUCCUAUGCUACUGUGCUAGGACCUAAGUCUAAAUUGGAUGCAAGGGCUAGGAAGUGCAUCUUCCUUGGCUAUGCUAAUGGUGUGAAGGGCUACAAGGUGUAUGAUCUCAAAUCCAAAGAAAUGUCUGUAUCAAGAGAUGUGAUUUUCUGUGAGGACAUUUUCCCUUUCCAGCAGAUUGAUAAUGCAGAGAAUGGAACCCCUAAGAUCAUACUUCCUACUGAUGGAACUAUUCCCAUUGAGUUUCCAGAAAUUCCCCAGGGACAAGCCACUGAAUGUAGAAUCCAGACAAGUUCUAAUUCUGGAUGUGAUUCCCCUGAUGAGCAGAAUGAGCAGACUCAUUCAUGGAGUGGGACAAAUGAGCAGAUGUUUGAUGAUGAUCAGGUGUCAAAUGAGCAGGUGUCUAAUGAUGUGGCUCAUAUCCCACCCUCUGAGAUUCCCCAACAAGUUCAUAGAAGAUCAACCAGGCAGAAACAACCUCCACAUUACUUACAAGACUAUGUAUGUCAGAGUGCAUCUGUAAAGACAUCUCCCCAUGACAUGUGCAAAGUCCUCAGUUAUGACAGACUGUCACCACAUUUUCAAUCCUUUGUUAUGAACAUUUCUUGCCAAGUUGAGCCAAAGAAUUAUCAAGAGGCAGCAAAGUAUGAAUGCUGGACAAAAGCCAUGAAAGAAGAGAGCAGUGCACUGGAAAAGAACAACACCUAG